CGUGCCGCGAAGGGAACUCGAAGCGGGCAACCGAUAGGCCAAGACCGGGGAAUGAAUUCGCCUCUGAACGAGAAGAUCGACAAGAGUUUGGGGGUGUUGAUGUGCCGCCAAACUAAACCAUCUUCGAAGAAUGCCGCUUGUAUAGCCUGAUGCCGAGGCUGCCCACAACGUCUUCGCCUCUCCACAUUUCCCCAGACUUUUAUGUCGUCGCCAGCCUCUCGGUAUUGCAGGUAUGUCAGUGAUAUAUGUGAUAUACCAAGUUCGGCCGUUCAGAGCUUGAAAAGAGGAAGCAAUACCAAAGGAGCUCGUGGGACCAGGUUGCGGCUCCAUCAAACCGGGCGACAGUGCCAUGUUUUCAGUGCUGUCGUUGGGUCCCAAGAAGCAGUCGCAUCGACCGAGCCAGGUAUGCGACGCGUGCCGUCAACGAAAAGUCCGGUGCCCGAAUGCCACCAGUGCCUUGCCUCGCGCGUGUCAUCCAUGCGCACGAUGCAUCCGCAAAGGCUGGACCUGUACCUACGGUGAGCAUGUCGACAGGAAGCAUGAUCGUCCCAGCGAUGGGUCCGGCGACCAUGGGAAAGUGCACAGUGCUGGCACACAUAGGUCCUCUGCUGCCCUGGAACCAUUUGCAGGAACAGACCACAGCGUAACAGCACCCAGCAAUCUCUCGAUGGACAACAACACGAGCCCAGCUUUCCCUGACAAUGCGCUUGCUGCGUUCCCCAGCGUGGGGGACAACACUUGGCCGCAAUAUCAAGACGUUAUUCUCGACGACUUUUCCUGGAACUUGAACUCGUUCUCACAAGCCGAAGCGACGACACCCAUCAACUCAUCCAAUUAUCAUUCCACACUACAAUAUUCAAAUACAUUCCCAGCGGACCAUGACUCCUUUCCAGUACCAUAUUCUGCAUUAGAGAGCGAAUCCACAAUUAUAGGAAGCUCCUCGCCCGAUGAAGACUCCGAAGCAAUGCCCAUGACAACGACAGCCGCUCUGCACGACACAUACCGCAAAGACAUUGACCGAUACUUUGAACUCAUGUACAUGGUGUUUCCCGUACUCGACAAACAAGAGUUCUACGACCGACUAGCCUCCCCGGGCGUCGAACAUGACAGCGACUUUCAGGCCCUACUUGCCGCCCUUCGCUUGCUUUGUCUUACCGCCGAUCUCCUGAUUGAGCCGAGUCCAGAAGUCUACACAGCGGUGUGCUGCCAGAUUCAGUCCGUGGAGAACAUCCGGUCCACCUACGACUUUGCCGAGACAGCAACCUUGGAUACGGUGGUCGUAUCGCUGAUCCUAUUCCAUGCCUAUGGCAUGACGUCCCGAAACAAUAGGGCAAUGCUAUAUCUCGGGGAAACGUGCGAUCUGCACGCCAUGGUGUCGCGGGUCAUCGAAGAGGAGUCAAAUUCCCGUCUCCUGCGACGUCUUGCCCGAGUCGAUCUCGUGAUAGCCAACACGCAAGCGUCGGCUCGUCCUCUAUGCGGCGGCAGCAACAACUUUCUGCACUGCCGUCGCCAGUCUUCGAUCAAAUCAAGCUUUGCCCUACUUGAGAAAAACCUGCCCAGCAACUCGGUCGAGAAACGCGCCGAUCAGCUGCUAGUGAGACUAACCAAGGUCGAAACGCUACAUUCGCCAUCGACAUCGACAUCGGCCGCCAUGGCCGAUGAGCUCAACAUGGUGUCGAUGACAAUGACUGACAUUGGCGACAAGGAGGAACCAUACACAUGCUCGGCAGCAGAUGAUGAUGUAUCAUCGGAUUCACUCGACGACAUGACUAUGUUUGCUGGUCGGACCGCCAUGGCCGACCAGUGCCAGACGGCAAAUGUGGCAAUAACGGGCCAUUGGCGAGCCAUUGAACGGUUGUAUGGGAGGGUGAGCAUGGCCGACGGAGGAGGCGGCGGCGGCGGCGGUCGUCAAUACCAGUACCCACACCAACACGAGGCAAAACAACAGCAACAGCGACAACCCCCAAACAAAGAAGCCACCCGUUUAAUCCUCCGCGCCGUCUCGGAUCGAUGCUCCGCCACCCUCGCAUGCACUUCGGCCCUGGGCGAGAAGACACUGCGUGUCAUUGGAUUGGCCAAACUGUCCAAAUUGGUUCUAGACUCCAAGGCCAUCAUCACCGCCGCAACAAGAACGACAGACAUAUCAACAAUAUCUACGAAUUCAACUUAUAAUCGUCAUCUCAAAAAUGCUCUUGCUGGAUAUCACGGCCGCACGGUGCUUAAGAGCAAUAUGCGUGAAAUAGAUGAAAUUGAAGUACGAAGGACUAUCAAGAAGGGUACGAGCGCUCGGUCGGUAGAAGUACCGAGGGAGACGCGUACGUGCUAAGCCUAUAUAGUAAUAGGGCUUAGUAUUCAUAUUACGUGUUAUUAGUUAUAUACUAGUUAUGUAACCACUAGUUAGCAUCAACCGUGACAUCACCCCCC